AUGGAGGCGCAUAAGGGGUUUUCAAAUUUGGGCGCUUUGCUGGGCUUUUACGGUCUGGCAAUAGCUGGAACCGAGGAGGAAGGUUUUUCUCCCAUCUACCGCAAUACUGCAUCCGAGACCUUGAAAAGGGCUAGCGACCAUGGCAAAUUUCAGACGAUGUGGGACGUGUUCCAACACGGUCUCAAAAUCAAUCCGGACGCUCCUUGCAUCGGGAAGCGCGAGGUCAAGUCCGACGGCUCUCUAGGCGCCUAUCGCUUCAUGACGUACAAGGAGGUGGAAUCCAAGGCAUUAGUCAUCGGAAGUGCCCUACACCAGCUACCGAUAGAGGUGCAGCCAUCAUGCCACCCAAAGGUGAAGGACUCGAAGAUGGUUGGGGUGUUCGUCACGAAUUGUAUUGAGUGGCUCAUCCUCGAACAAUCGUGUAACGCCUAUGGAUUCACGCUGGUUCCCAUCUAUAACACGCUUGGAAACGAGUCCAUCCAUACAAUCCUGCGGAAUUCCGGGAUUAGCGUCUUGCUCUGCACACCUGCAACGGCAAAGACCAUGCUCACUGUUCUUGAGUUGGGCACUGAAGGUGUGAAUCUCGAGCUCAUUAUCCUUAUCGAAUGCGAUGCUGUCGAUGACGCACUCAAAAACAACAGCUUUGGAAUCAAGUUCAUGCUCUGGAGCGAACUGGAGGCUAUGGGCAAGAAGAAGCCGCUGCCGCCGUCGCCCCCGCACCCUGACACCUUGGCCCUGAUAUCGUAUACGUCCGGUACCAGCGGCACCCCCAAGGGUGUUAUGCUCACCCAGCAGAACGUCACCGACCUUAUCGUGGUGACCUGCGAGGAUCACGUGAAGAAAUCAUUCAUUGAGAAUCCGAUGGAGCGACACAUGAGUUACCUGCCCAUGGCCCACCUGUUCGAAAAGAACUUCGUGAACGCUGUAUACUACUUUGGCGGGUGCAUAGGGCUCUACUCCGGGGACAUCAAGAAGCUACUUGACGACGUGCAGGAGUUCAAACCCACCUUCUUCGUGGGAGUGCCCCGUCUGUUCCAGCGCAUCCACGACAAGGUUAUGGCUGGAGUGGCACAGAAAUCGUUCGUGGUGAGGGGGCUGUUCAAGGCCGGGCUGGCAGCAAAGAUGAAUCGCAUUAACACAACUGGUAACUAUUCCCAUGCAUUAUGGGACAAGCUAAUCUUCAACAAGCUGAAGCUCCUGCUAGGAGGCCAAGUGAAGUGGAUGCUGGUGGGAUCCUCCGGCAUGAACCCCAGCGUGAUUGAACGCCUGCGAGCUAUAUUCGGCGUGCCGCUACUCUGGGGUUACGCCCUUACCGAAAGCUGUGCCGGAAGCACGGCACAGAACUUCCACGACACCGACCCUACCAGCUGCGGAGGGCCGCUGCCAAGCCAGGAGUUCCGCCUGAGGUCCGUACCCGAUCUGCAGUACGACGCCACUGCGCACCCACCGCGCGGCGAACUCCUCAUCCGUGGUUACAAUGUCAUGCACGGCUACUAUCGCGACGAAAAGGCUACACAGGAAGCCCUGGUUGAUGGCUGGCUGCACACCGGAGACGUCGUGGAGAUUCUACCGAGUGGAGCCAUCCGCAUUAUAGACCGCGUGAAGAACGUCUUCAAACUGGCUCAGGGCGAAUAUGUGUCGCCUGGCAUGGUGGAAUCUGUCAUUAACAUGGGCACCCUGGUCGCGCAGUCCUUCGUGUUCGGCAAAAACGAUGAAGUUUACACUGUCGCGGUGGUGGUACCUGACGAGGACGUCCUGAAACAUUGGAAGGAGGCCAAUGGCAUGGGAUCGCUCAGCUUCAAGGAAGUGUGCGGCCGGAAGGAGUUACGCGACGCAAUCAUGGCCGAGAUGGAGAAGCUGUUCCAGGAGAACAACUUGAAGGGAUACGAGAAGGUGAAGGCCAUUUAUGUUGAGCACGAACUGUUCAGUGUUGAGAACGAUCUGCUAACCGUGACCGCUAAAUUGCGACGUCACAAGCUGCGGGAAAGAUAUGCUGCAGAAAUAGAUGCGCUCUACAAAGAGUUACGCGCGGCCAACAAGGCGGCCUGA